AUGAUUUUUUCUAAAAACCCAUUACAGAAUAUUCAACUUUUGAUUCAAAAUGGUGUUCCCGAGUCAAAGGUGGUGCUACGAAAUUGGUAUCCUAUACUUGCUGAAAAUCCUCUUUUUUUGAAUAGGGUUGUGGUGGAAGUAACGGAAUUGGGAUUUAACCCUAAAUCGACAGUUUUCAUUGUGGCGUUGCGUGCUAAGGUUAAUAACAAGUCACUUUGGGGAAGGAAGAUUGAUGUGUUUAAGAAAUGGGGUUGGUCUGAAGAGAAUGUUGUUUCAGCAUUUGUGAAACAUCCUUGGUUCGAUGUUUGGAAAGAUCUUAAAGAAAGGUGCUUGCAAGGUGAUAGAGUUCGUGUAGCAACUCUGUAUCAAGAAAUCUCCAAUUUCAAACAAGGUAAUUCUCGAGUUUCGGAUUACUUUACUGAGAUGCGUGCCAUGUGGGAAGAACUUGAUCAAUUUAGGCCCAUUCCGCAGUUAUCAAAAUUUGUUAGGUCUCACGUUUUGUUAAUGGAACCUCUUCCAAAUAUCAACAAGGUUCUUUCUAUGGUUUUACAAGAUGAGAGGCAACAGAAUUAUGGUGUGAAUGUUUCAAUUGAUAGUAAGCAUGAAGAAACUGAGGUAUUAGCUAAUGCUGUUGAAAAUCUUGGUGCACGGAGAGGUUUUGGCCGAGGAAGAGGCAAUGGAGGUAAUCAAUUUGGUAAUAAUCAAUAUGGUAGAGGCAGAGGCAAUCCUUACAAAGAAAAAGUUUGCACAUACUGUGGUAAGAAUGGUCACAUAGUUGACAUUUGCUAUAAGAAACAUGGUUAUCCACCUAAUUGGGGCUAUGGUAGAGGUAAUCAAGGAAAUGCUUAUGCUAAUAAUGUUGAGGAUGAGAACAAUGAAGGCUACAAUGAUGGUGGGAACAUCUUAUUGGCUUUGCUUGAAAGGAACCAAUUGGAUGGCACUAAGCAUGCUACCAACAUAGUCAAGGGUGAAAGCAGUCACUGUUAUUCUGCAGGAGUAGCAGGUGGGAAAAACUAUCUACAUGUACACCCCAUGUUCCUUCACUCAAAUGCAACUUCACACAAGCGGGCAUUUGGCGCUGUAGCAGAGCUUCUUGAUAAUGCUGUUGAUGAGAUCCAAAAUGGAGCUACCUUUGUCAGCAUUGAUAAAACAUCAAAUCCAAGAGAUGGAAGUCCAGCAUUGCUGAUUCAUGAUGAUGGUGGUGGCAUGGAUCCAGAAGCAAUGCGUCGCUGCUCGAGUUUUGGAUUUUCAGAUAACAAUUCAAAGCUUUCUAUUGGACAGUAUGGAAAUGGCUUCAACUUCAAGACCAGUAGUAUGAGGCUUGGUGCAGAUGCUAUAGUCUUCAGUCGUCAUCUGAAUAACGGGAUUUUGACUCAAAGCAUUGGACUUCUGUCAUAUAAAUUUUUUAUGCGAACACAUCUUGACAGAAUAGUAGUACCGAUGGUGAAUUAUGAGUUUAAUACCUCAACUGGAUCAUUGGACAUGUUAAAUGGCAACGAACAUUUUAUGGAGAAUUUAUCAUUGCUGUUACGUUGGUCACCAUAUUCAUCAGAAACAGAUCUUCUAAAACAGUUUGAUAACAUGGGAUCUCGUGGCACUAAAGUUAUCGUCUACAAUUUGUUGUUUAAUGAUGAGGGGAUUACAGAGUUAGAUUUUGAUUCAGAUCCCAAGGAUAUUCGUAUUGCUUGGGAUAUCAAGAAACUCGGCAGUAAACCUGCAUGGAAGAGAAUCCAGGAGGAACAUAUUGCUAAACGAUUUCGUUACUCUUUACGUGUGUACUUGUCCAUAUUGUACUUGCGGUUACCAACAACUUUCCAAAUUAUAUUGAGAGGGGAAGCUGUGAAGCCACAUAGCAUUGCCGAUGAUCUUAAACUAUGUCACUAUUGCAAGAAUCAUGUAAUCUUGUAUGAAGUGUUUAUUAUCUUCACUGCUUAUGGUGUUGUGGUUUUCCUUCACUGUAAGUAAUCAUGGUGCACUUACAUCUCAGCAUAACUUGUGUUCAACUUACAAUGCUGAUAAAAUUUGUGAUUAAAAACACAACUUUCAAUAAAACAAGCUUAGUUUUUAAACCAGUUUGUAACAUAUGUUAAUGUACUAGUUUAUAUGAGAGAUGUUUCAAUUAGGAUUCAAAUUUGAACC